AUGUUGGUGAAGAAAACGGUGAAGGCCGUAAUCCUCAUUGGGGGUCCCGCUAAAGGAACACGGUUUCGACCACUUUCGUUGGAAAUGCCAAAACCACUUUUUCCAAUUGCCGGAUAUCCCAUGAUUUAUCACCACAUCGAGGCAUUUUCAAAGAUACCCAACAUGAAAGAGAUAAUUAUCAUCGGAUUUUAUCAGCCGAAUGAAAUUCUCACUCGGCUCAUAAAUGACACAGAAAAGGAGUUCGGCAUUAGUAUCCGCUAUUUGCAGGAAUUUACCUCCCUCGGAACUGCGGGUGGAAUAUUCCAAUUUCGGGAUCAAAUAAGUGCCGGUGGUCUGGAUCUUCUUUUCGUCAUGAAUGCUGAUGUUUGUUGUGAUGCGCCACUGCAAGAAAUGGUCGACUUUCACGUCAGCCUUAAUUCUGUCGACAAAUUUGUAAUCCUCUCGACGGAGGCAACGCGCGAACAGUCCAUGGAAUUUGGGUGUCUUGUAGAGAAUCCAGAAACAAACGAGAUUACCCAUUACGUUGAGAAACCGGACACAUUUGUUAGUGUCCGUAUUAAUUGCGGAAUCUACUUAUUUACUCCCAGCAUUUUUAAAUUUAUUCGCGUGGCCUUUCUUGAACAUCAAGACCAGAAGUUCACCAAGCCUGGAGGGACUUGCAAAGAGAGUAUUCACCUGGAGACCGAGAUAUUUCAACCACUUGCUGGUAGUGGCACUCUCUACGCCUUCCACACGGAGAGAUUCUGGAGCCAAAUCAAACACCCUGGAGCGGUGAUUUAUGCAAACCGACAGAUGCUGGCCCUUUACCAUCGCACCCAUCCCCACCGCCUGGCAGUUCACAGGGACACUACUUCCACUAACGGCAACAUCGCUAUCGACACGACUGAUAUCACAACAGAGGCAUCAGGGGAUAAUGAGACAACAACGACGUCAAGCGCCCGCAUCCUCGGUGAUGUCUAUUUGCACCCUACGGCACGUGUUCAUCCCACCGCAGUCCUCGGUCCCAACGUGAGCGUUGGUGCGGGCGCCGUGAUCGGGGCCGGUGUGCGACUUCGUGAUACCAUCGUGCUGCGUAACGCCGAGAUUCACGCCAACGCUUGUUGUCUCAAUUGUGUGGUGGGUUGGAAUGCCGUCGUCGGUCGGUGGGCCCGUGUUGAAGGAACUGCACCGUUUGGUCCAAACCCCAACACGCCCUUUACCAAACUGGAGGUAGUACCGGUAUUCAAUGCCAAGGGUCAACUCAAUCCGUCCAUCACGGUUAUUGGCUCAAAUGUCGAUGUACCACCGGAGGUGAUUGUGCUCAAUUCAAUUGUACUUCCACACAAGGAGUUAUCACGAAGCGUCAAAAAUCAAAUAAUCCUAUAA